AUGAUGGCACUUGACGAAAAUCCAGAUCGACGUUUCAUCUAUGUUGAAAUCGGCUUUUUCUGGCGUUGGUGGAAUCAACAGGCAGAUGAUAUGAAAGCUAAAGUGAAACAGUUUGUCAAUGAUGGUCGUCUCGAAUUUAUUUCCGGUGGUUGGUGCAUGAACGAUGAAGCAUCAACACAUUACAAUUCCAUCAUCGAUCAACAUAGUUUAGGAGCUGAAUUUUUACGUGACAAUUUCGGUGAUUGCGGUCGACCUAAAAUCGGUUGGCAAAUCGAUCCAUUCGGUCAUUCACGUGAACAAGCUUCACUUUUUGCACAAAUGGGUUUCGAUGGUUUAUUUUUUGGCCGUGCUGAUUAUGAAGAUCGCGCAACACGCAAUAGAACAAAAACCAUGGAAAUGGUUUGGAAAGCAAGUGCUAAUUUAAAUAAUAAGGGUUGGUUGUUUACUGGUGUUUUACCUAAUGGGUAUGGUGCACCGAGUUCGUUCUGUUUUGAUUACAGAUGUUCAGAUACUCCUAUCAUGGAUGAUCCUCAUUUUCAAGAUUACAACGUCGACGAACGUGUUCGAACGUUCAUUCAAACUGCUCAUGAUGAGGCAGUUGGUUAUACUACAAAUCAUAUUAUCAUGACUUUUGGUGGUGAUUUUCAAUACGGAAAUGCAAACGAAGGAUUUAAAAAUUUAGAUAAAUUGAUGAAAUAUGUUAAUGCUCAGCAAACGAAUGGUAGCAAUGUGAAUGUUUUCUAUUCGACACCAUCAUGUUAUUUAUAUGCUUUGAACCAAGUUGAUCGUGCGUGGCCGUCAAAAACCGAUGACUUUUUCCCAUACGCUAGCAAUCCGCAUGGAUUUUGGACAGGUUACUUUACAUCACGAGCAGCUCUUAAACGUUAUGAACGUCAUUCGAAUAAUAUUUUACAAGCUACAAGACAACUUAACGCAUUUGCUGAUUUGAAUUUACGAGAUAGUAUUUUCACUUUAAGCGAAGCAAUGGGCGUUGCUCAACAUCAUGAUGCUGUUAGUGGAACAGAGAAACAAGCAGUUGCUUUUGACUAUGCUCAACGAUUGUCAGAUGGUAUUGCUGUUGCCGAAAAUGUCAUGAAUCAAGCCUAUGCUAAACUUUUGCCUAAAGAUAGUCAAUCACCACCACCGGCCAGUCAAUUUCUCUGUCAAUUAUCAAACAUUAGUCAAUGUUUACAAGUCGAUGGACAAGAUCGAUUUACAUUGACACUUUGGAAUCCAACAAUUCAUCCAGUUAUGCAACAUGUUCGUGUACCUGUUAGAACAGAUUAUACUAUUCGUGACCCAACCGGACAAACUAUUUUUUCUGAAUUAUUUCCAAUUUCAGAGCCAACUUUGAAUAUUCCAGGUCGAACAAGUAUUACACAAAAACAAAUUAUAUUCAAAGCUAGUCUACCAGCUCUUGGUUUUAACACGUAUUAUUUCGAAACUAAACCUGAUUCAGUCACAUCAGGAGAAUCCAAGAUAAAAAUCACACACAAUGAAGAAUGUGUUUUACGAAAUCAAAACCUUCAAGUCGAUUUUGAUGAUCAAGGCAAUCUACAUCAAAUUGUUAAUCUAAAACAAAAUAUUACUGUAUCAUUUUUAAAUCAAGGUUUCUAUUGGUAUCAAGGCUUUGCUGGUAAUAAUUCUCAGCCAGAUUUUCAAGCAUCUGGUGCUUAUAUCUUUCGACCAGUAUCACCAACUGCACAACCAGUUAGUCAAGCACGUUCACUUACAUGCGUAAAAGCAGUAAGUGUACAAACAGCAGUUAUUGUUUUCAAUGAUUGGACAAGUCAAGAGAUCAGUUUGUAUGAUGAAGGAGAAUUUGUCGAAGUUGAAUGGACAGUUGGACCUAUUCCAAUCGAUGAUAAUAUGGGUAAAGAGAUCAUUAUUCGCUACGAUACGGAUAUCAAUAGUCAAUCGAAAUACUAUACGGAUGCAAAUGGACGUGAAGUUCUUGAACGAACAAGGGACUAUCGACCAACAUGGAACUAUACAGUUGUAGAAAAUGUCAGUGGAAACUAUUAUCCAAUCAAUAGUCGAAUAUGGAUCAAAGACCAAAAUCGACAAUUGACUGUUCUUACUGAUCGAUCAGAAGGUGGCGGUAGUAUUCUUGAUGGUUCUAUUGAGGUCAUGGUGCAUCGACGCCUUCUUUACGAUGAUAGACUUGGUGUUGGUGAGCCUUUGAACGAAGUUGCAUAUGGAGAAGGUCUUGUUGUACGUGGUCAACAUUUUCUUAUUGUUGAGUCGCCAACAGCAAGUGCGCGUUUUCAUCGUAUUGGUUCUCAACGUUUAUACAUGCAUCCGAUUGUUACAUUUUCAUUGACUGAUCAAGAAUACGUUAAUUAUUCAGCUGCCUAUCGUCAAACAUGGUCGGCAUUAACAGAUACAUUGCCAUUAAAUAUUCAUCUAUUAACAUUCGAACAGUUAGGACAAAAAAAUUAUCUAGUUCGUGUUGAACAUUAUUUUGAAUUAUUUGAAGAUGAUACGUAUUCCCAACCAGUAGCAUUCGAUUUACAAUUAAUAUUUAAAUCGCUAGGAGUAAUUAAUAGUACAGUUGAAUUAACGCUCGGUGCAAAUUUACCAUUAGCUGAGUUACAACGACUGGAGUGGUUAACGGGUGAUAAGGAAUCAUCUCGUAUGGCUGUUUCGAAAGAAGCAUCAUUGGAAGGUACAACUAUUAGACUUACACCGAUGCAAAUUCGAACAUUCGAAGUCACUGUGACAUAG